AUCCAUUCCAUUUGAGGCCUUUAAAAAAUUCCAUAAGUUUUGAUUCUUCAUUUAUGUUCACAUUCUUGAAACACUACUCGACUCUAUUCCAAAUGUACAUUUCAAAAAAAGGGUUUAAAGAUAUCGUCGUGUCGAAAGGCAGUGGUAACGGAGAUGGGGAACUCCCAUCGAGUUCGAAGACGAAGAAUGUAUACCCUCCCAUUGAGACUUUCUGGCUACCGCCCUCGGCGGCUGAAACGGCAAUGGAUGCUCCGAAGGGCGGAGGCCUUGGCUCGAAGCUGCUUCAACCGUUGGGGUUUCGGAGAUCGUCGAAGAGAAGCUUGAAGAUGGCAAUGGAAGGGAAACAUGAUCCAAAGGAAGAAGAAGCUGUUGACAGAUUAAGGGAAAUGCUUUUUCUUGAUGGGAAAUUGCCAACCAAAUUCAAUGAUUAUCAUACUCUUCUCAGAUUCCUUCGGAUGAGAGAUUUUGACAGUGAAGCAGCAAAAGACAUGUUUUUGAAAUUCAUCAAAUGGCGAGAAGAUUUUAGAACCGAUACAAUUUCAAAGGAUUUUAAGUUUGAAGAAAGAGAAGAAGUAAAGAAAUGCUAUCCACAUGGAUUCCAUGGAGUAGAUAAAUAUGGAAGGCCAAUAUACAUUGAAAGGAUUGGAAUGGUUGAUCUCAAUAAAUUGUUGCAAGUAACAACACUUGAGAGAUUUGUAAAGUAUCAUGUUUCUGAACAAGAGAAGACUUUGAGCAUUAGAUAUCCUUCAUGUUCUAUUGAAGCCAAGAAGCACAUUGCUUCCACUACAAGCAUUUUGGAUGUUGGUGGUGUGGGGAUGGCUAACUUCUCCAAACCUGCAAGAUAUCUAUUUACAGAAAUUCAAAAGAUUGAUAGUAAUUACUAUCCUGAGACACUAAAUCGGCUGUUUAUAAUCAAUGCUGGGUCGGGUUUUAAGAUAUUAUGGAAAGCACUUAGGGCAUUUCUUGAUGCUCGCACAUUAGCUAAGAUUCAUGUUUUGGGGAAUAAUUUUGUUCAUGAGCUACGUGACAUCAUCGAUCCAAGUAAUUUACCAACAUUCCUUGGUGGAAAUUGUGUUUGUCCAGAAUAUGGAGGUUGCCUUUUUAGUGAUAAAGGUCCUUGGAACAAUCGUGACAUUCUAGACUUGCUUCAGGUUAUAUCUUCGGUGGAUGAAACUUAUGAUAAUGGAGAAGAAAGUGGUUUGGCUUCAGAAGAUGCCUUGUUAGACAAUAGAAAAAUCCAAGCUUUGGAAGAAGCAUUAGCAGAGACGAAGACAAAAAUUGAGGCAUUAGAAACAGCACUUGAAGAUACCAAAGUGAUUUUGAAAGAUUUAACACAACAUAUAGAAGGCUUGAGGAGUUGAGAAGCAACGUCAAAUCAGAAUGCAUCCAUUUCUAUAGUUGUAGACCAAUUGAUUUUAAUGUAGAUAAAAUAGCGAGAGAAUAUAGUAUUAGAGCAGUUAUUGAUAAUAAGUAUAAUUCAACUCACAUAAAAUUAAUAUCAUCGAUCUCAAGAUCAUGAGUUCGAACAAUUACAGAACUCAAAUAAGAACAAAUAUAAUGUGAUAUAUAUUUUUUUUUCAAAAGAAAGUAAUGCACACUGUUCACACGAGGUUUUCGGAGAAA